CUGCGAGGAGAGCGCCACUGAAACACAGCGUUUGCAUUGAGUGUAGCGUUGAGUGAACGCAGAGACUGGCAGUCAGUAUAGCGUGUGAUGUCAUGUGCGACACCCGACCGGCGCUUCAUUACAUGACCGAAGAUUGCAUUCAUUUCAUACAAUUACUGUCUUUUUGUUUCAUUUGUUUAAUAGUUUUUUAAUUGUAAUUCAUUUGUAUUUAUAGUAAAUAGUGAUAAAUAAUAAACACUUUUGUAAACAUGGAUUUGAGCCAAAUCUUAGCCAAAACGAUCUCUUCGGAUCAGAAUGAAUUGCAGGCAUCCCUCCAAUACUUGCAGCAAUUGGCUCAACAAAAUCUGCCGGAGUUUUUGAAACAAUUAUCAGAACUCUUAAGUAAUAUAACGAACGAUGCGGUCAUUCGGAUGGCGGCCGCUCUUCAGCUCAAGAACCAGUUGACCUCAAAGGACGUGGAAGUGCAGCGUCAGUACCAACAGAGAUGGCUAUCCUUUGCCGAAGACGUCCGCAAUUAUAUCAAACAAAAUGUGUUGAACUCUUUGGGAACGGAGAACAGCCGGCCCUCGUCUGCGGCUCAGUGCGUGGCCUACAUCGCCGUCGCAGAGUUGCCGCACAGUCUGUGGCCAACACUCAUCCAAACGCUGACCCAAAACGUGACGAAUCCCAACAACACUGAAAUGAUGAAAGAGUCGACUCUCGAGGCCAUCGGCUAUAUCUGUCAGGACAUCGACCCCGAGAUUCUGGUCUCGCAAUCAAAUAACAUACUGACGGCUAUAGUCCACGGGAUGCGAAAAGAGGAGACGUCGACUCACGUGAUGCUCGCGGCGACCAACGCUCUGCACAACUCACUGGAGUUCACAAAAGCUAACUUCGAUAAGGACUCGGAAAGGCAUUACAUUAUGCAAGUGGUCUGUGAGGGCACUCAGUGUCCAGAGAUUAAGGUGAAAGUGGCGGCUCUGCAAUGUUUGGUCAAAAUAAUGUCACUCUAUUACCAACAUAUGGAGCAAUACAUGGGUCCGGCCCUCUUCGCCAUCACAAUGCAGGCCAUGCGCUCAGAUCACGACGAGAUCGCCCUCCAGGGCAUAGAGUUCUGGUCGAACGUAUGCGACGAAGAGGUGGACCUAUCGAUCGAGGCGUCGGAAGCGGCCGAACAGGGAAGGCCUCCGUCGCGGUCGUCGAAGUUCUACGCGAAGGGUGCGCUCCAGUAUUUGGUG